AUGGAACAGAAAUAUAAGCACCUUGGCUGGAAAGAUUUUGGUGUUGAGUACUUGGAGAAUAAUUGCGAUAAAACCAGAAAAGUGCGUUUUGCUUCAUGGUUUGGAUAUACAAUUAAUGCAAAUGGUGGACUAUAUGGUUGUAUGAGUGAUACAUUCCAAAUAUAUAAGCUGGCCUGUGAGAAAGCUUUGCGUCACACCACCAAGUCUAGUACUAUCCUUCAAGAAGCUUAUAAAGGAUUUGAUAAAAUUCCAGACGUUUGGGCCCCGAUGGCCGUUCGUGGUGGCAAGCAAAGAACUCAGUAUAUUUCAACGGUUUCUCUCAAAUUCAUAAGUUCAACCGAAAUAAACCCGGUAUCAUCAAACAAGCAAAAGAUUGAGAAACGAUUGAAUCUCUUUCAAUCAUAUAAUGUCGAUAAUAUUGAAUGGACAGAUCCUCUUAGUUUUGGUUUUAUUAUCGAUAGAGACUCUGAUAUGAUUUUUGGAAAGUUACUGGAAGAUCAGAGAAAGAAUUUAAGGAAAACUAUAGAUUUACCAUAUCAUAAAUUUGAAAUGAGUUUAAUUAUUUCUAAAUUAGUUAAAGUUCUAUUAGAAAGAUCGAAAAGUUUAAACAAAAAAAAGAUGAUAGUCUCUCUUCCGCCUAUAUCGAUGGACUUUCAAGAAAAUGAUGAGGAAUUUGAAG